AUGAUUACUCUCGUGAAAAUGAUACUGCUGUUGUCAUUUCUGGCCUCGAACGGAGGAUCAGAAUCGUUCCUGGACGCGAUCAAGAACUUCCUACCACCGGCGGACGUUCUGAAUAGAAUCGAUCCGAGCAACGAGAGGUACGAUUUUAUCAUCGUCGGUGCAGGAUCCGCGGGUUCGGUUCUCGCCAAUCGUCUUUCGGAGAACAAAAAAUGGAAUGUCCUUUUGCUGGAGGCGGGAGAACCCGAGGGUAUCCGCCAUCAGAUUCCCAUUUUCGUCGGUUAUUUCCAACUAUCCAGCUCGAACUGGGGUUACAACGUGGAACCACAGAAGAACGCCUGUCUCGGAAUGAUCAAUCGACAAUGCUCUUGGCCGCGAGGAAAAAUUCUGGGCGGCACCAGCUCUCUUAAUUACAUGAUCCACACGCGGGGAAGUAUGCUGGAUUACGAUACCUGGGCCGCGCUUGGAAACGGGGGCUGGUCUUACAAGGACGUCUUACAUUAUUUCAAGAAGAGCGAGAGAUUCAACGUUCCAGACAUCAAGAACUCCUCGUACCACGGGGACAAAGGCUACUUGUGCGUUGAACACGUGCCGUACCACACAGAACUGGCGAAAGCAUUCCUGAAAGCGGGCAAACAGCUCGGUUACGAUAUUGUCGACUACAACGGCCGGGACCAAAUUGGAUUCUCCUAUAUUCAAGCGAAUUUAGACAAAGGAGCCAGAUGCAGCGCGGCGAAAGCGUAUCUACGUGUCAACAGACCAAAUCUGAACAUAGUAACCGGUGCCACCGUCACCAAGAUCCUAAUCAACCAGAAGAAACGAGCCUACGGCGUCGAAUACAGGAAGAACGAUCGACUUAGAAAAGUGUACUGUAAACUGUUGAUGCUAUCGGGAAUAGGUCCCAGGGACCACUUGGAAGAACUCGGUAUCGAGGUGAUCCAAGACUCGAAAGUAGGCUACAACAUGUACGAGCACGUAGGUUUCCUAGGUCUGACUUUCAUGGUGAACCAGCCAGUGUCGCUACUGCAAACCAGACUGCUCAAUCCUAGACUGUUCUUCGAGUAUCUGGUGAACAGGACUGGUCUGUUGUCGCUGCCUGGCGGACCGGAGGCUCUGGCCUUCAUGAGGACCAAGUAUGCACCCGACAGCAGACCUGACUUGGAACUAUUGUUCGUCUCUGGAUCUGUGCACUCCGACGGAGGUCUACCUCUUAAAAAAGCGCUCAGGAUAUCCGACGAGCUGUACAACACCGUGUACAAGCCGAUAGAGGGUCAAGACGCAUGGUCGAUUUGGCCUAUAGUUCAGAAACCUAGGAGCGUAGGAAGGCUCACUCUGAAGUCGAAGGACCCACUUGUGCCGCCUAGGAUGGAGCCUAACUUCUUCACCCAUCCGGCUGACCUGGAGAUUAUCUUGGAGGGAGUUAAGCACGCUAUUAACAUAUCGAAGACCGAACCUUUUCAGAGAUACGGAAGUAGAUUGCACGAUAUUAAGAUUCCUGGCUGCAGAGCGUUCGAAUUCGCCAGCGACGAUUACUGGAGGUGUGCUAUCAAACACCUGCCCUCGAUGAUGAAUCACGAGAUCGGCACGGUGAAAAUGGGACCCAAGGAGGAUCCUGACGCUGUGGUGGACCCACAGUUGAGGGUUCACGGUGUUAGAGGACUGAGAGUGGCUGACGCGUCGAUAAUGCCUACUAUGCCGACCGGACACGUGAACGCUGGUAUUUACAUGAUCGGCGAGAAGGCGGCUGAUAUGAUCAAGCAAGCUUGGUAG